AUGUACUUCAUCCUUGCUAUCACAUUAGUGUUUGCCUCAUCUUAUGGCCAAUAUUCAGUUGCAAAUCAACUAUCUUCUGCUGGUACUGCCAAACGAACUGUAAAUGCGCUUCUCGUUAUCGACGUUCAGAAUUGUUUCAUCAGCGGAAGUCUUGCUCUUCCUCAUAGCCCUGCAGAUGUUAUUCCUAUCAUCAAUAAUCUUUUGAAAACUAUACCAUUUGACUUGGUUGUUUAUUCACAUGACUGGCAUCCGUCGAAUCAUAUUUCUUUUUUUAAUAAUUUAAAUGAUCGUCGACAGUACAUCAAACCCGGUACGAAAGUUCCGGAUCAACCGUAUCAAGUUGUCACUUAUACGGGUCCAAAAGUCGAAACGGAGCAAAUGCUAUGGCCGACUCACUGCGUGCAGAAUACUGGAGAUGCCAAUUUACAUGCCUCACUCGUUCAAACAACAUUGAAAGGUGAAAUUUUUCACGUCAGAAAAGGUAUAGAUCCAGAUCUCGAUAGUUAUUCGGCAUUUUACGAUAACCAAAAACUUUAUAAAACUGAACUCGAUGAUAUACUACGGCAACGUAACGUAACACGAGUGUUUGUUGUCGGUUUAGCUACCGAUUACUGUGUUGCAUAUACAGCGUUAGAUGCUAAUGAUUUAAACUAUGCAACAUACGUUGUUGAAGAUGCAUGUCGAGGUGUUACAAACGCAUCCGUUCAAGCUCAAAUUGCCUAUAUGAAACGCCAAGGAGUUAAAAUAAUUCAUUCGAAUGAAGUUAGAUCAUUAAUUAGUGGUGCUGCCCUUACACAGUUAAGUUUCUCUCUGAUGCUAGCAGUUCUAUUCGUAUUUUAUUUUACAAAUUAA